AUGACAACAUGGACGAAGUCACUGCCUGAUGAGGAUCUACAGUCGUUGGACACUGCAGCCUACAGUGACAGCGUCCACACAGACAAUGGAGCAGUCGAGCCGGGAGCCCUUGAUAACCUUCAGCUGCAGCUCCAAAGUGCUGAAGCAUCUCAAAAGGCCAAAGUCAAAACGAGUGUAGGCGUCGUGCUGCUGUUGCUGCUCGCUAGCGGAUUGCUUGCUGGCAAGGCGAUCUUUUGUCCACUGCCGGGGAAAUAUGUCUUGGGAGAAAACGAGCCGCCUCUGCACCCUUCGGUGGAGAGUCGAGAAGCAUGCCAGGCGCUCAAUGCAGUGGGAGCAAGAGAGGAGGAGCAGCGGAAACCUAGCGAUCGAGCUCGAGAAGAAGCUGCUGCAAAGGAUGCACUGGCACCAGAGAAAGCUCUAAUGCAGCUGAAGCUGGAGAAAAUCCAGGAACUUUUUGCAUAUGCAGAAAGUUUCGUGUAUGUGAUUGGUACAGAAGAAGCUGAGAAGCUGGCAGACAACGUGGAGCAGCAGCUUGGGAAAGCGCAGUCGUUGAGCAAAGAGCCAGGAAAACUGGAGGCCAUAGAAGAAUGCCUCCAAGACGCAGUAAAAAACUUGCGCAAUUUGGAUCGCCUCGCAGGAAAGCACUGUGAAUUCCUUAUUUCGGUAGAAGGAAAGUCGGGGGAGUUUCCCUCUCUCUGGGACACAGAGCCUGCAGCAGAUUUUGCGUCUUUUGAGGACGGCGGCCUUGACCCAGUAGACACAGUGCACCGCAUGGUGAUCAUGUUCAACUCAAUGCAGCAAGCAUUUCAAAAAGUGGGCGAAAGUUUCGAGAAAGUUAGUCGGGUUUUGUUGGCCAAGAAGCAUUUCAACACUGAAGAAGACACCCAAUUGGUGGAGGACAAACUGGACGAUUUGCACUUUCUGAACAGCAGCAUCAAAUCCAAAAACGGUUUCCACGAGCUUGCGAGGAAACUGAAAGCGGAUAUUCAUGAGGGCAUCAGGGCCAAGGAGUUGAGGUCGCUGGAAGAAGAGAUGCUGCUGCUGCUGAGGGAUUUCACUCCAAUACAGUUAUCUGCGAAGCUUGCCCGAAAGGCGAACGAAAUGAAAGUGAAAGCUUCCCUUGUCGAGGCCUUUGAACUUAGUUUCGUGGAGGAGAAAGCCAAAGAGGUGAAUGGCUUGCUGGCUACUCUGCACCAGCAGGUCACUCAAGUUGAAACUACUUCGGGGGAAAAUAUGUUUUACGCUGUCAACAAAGCUCAGGAAACAGCCCAAGAGGCCCGAGAACUUCUGCACGCCUUGCGCGAACAAGCCAAGACACUGCUGCCCGUGCUGCCGAGCAGCCUCUUCAGCCUCAGAAAGCUCAUGUUUGUUGAGGAAACUGAGCGCAUUCAUGAUCUAUGCAUCUUGGAAGGCAAGGUAAUACUCAGCAUUUUGGAAGAUGCAAGAUUCAGGGCCCAGAAAUGGCUAGAUCCUGAAGACUAUUCUCCAGGUCACUUCCACCAGCUAGGGAGUGAAAUCUUCGAGGGGCUCUUGUCAAACAUAAGACAGCUCAAAGGCGAAGUUGGAACUCGCGUCAGUCGAUCCCGAAUGGCCUUUAUAGAGUCUCAGGAAGCAGAAAACCCAGACGCUGCUUUGACUGCUAUGAAGUCGCAGGCAAGAUAUUUAGUCCAGCUGGUCAAAGUUAAGGAGGAGGCGCGUCUAGUUCUCCUUGACAUCAAGUCUUUGGAGCUGCUUAGGAAGGACAUAGAUCUGCUUCAAGCAGCGGGUUUAAUUGCGAGGUUAUGCAAAGUUUCAAAUACUUUUGCUGCAAUGAAACUACUGAGUUCUGUUGCCAAAGACUACAGCAAAGCCCACAAGUCCGUCAUGGACGCAAAGACACUUGUCGAAGUGUCAGACAACAUGGUCAGGUUGCGGUCUGCAGUGACUGCAAUGUACAGCGCCGUCGCCGCGCACAAAACUGGUGAAGAUUUCGAAGAAGCACCGAGCCCACUUUGA